GCCGCUGCCGCUGCUGCUCGGGCUGCUGCUGGCGGCCUCGGGCCCCGGCGCCGCGCGGGCCAAGGAGACGGCGUUCGUGGAGGUGGUGCUGUUCGAGUCGAGCCCCAGCGGCGACUACACCACCUACACCACGGGCCUCACGGGCCGCUUCUCCCGGGCCGGGGCCACGCUCAGCGCCGAGGGCGAGAUCGUGCAGAUGCACCCACUGGGACUUUGUAACAACAAUGAUGAAGAAGACUUAUAUGAAUAUGGCUGGGUGGGGGUCGUGAAGCUGGAACAGCCAGAGUUGGACCCAAAGCCAUGUCUCACUGUCCUCGGCAAGGCCAAGCGAGCUGUACAGCGAGGAGCUACUGCUGUCAUCUUUGAUGUCUCAGAAAAUCCAGAUGCCAUUGACCAGCUGAACCAGGGCUCAGAAGAUCCACUGAAGAGGCCCGUGGUGUACGUGAAAGGGGCUGAUGCCGUCAAAUUGAUGAACAUCGUCAACAAGCAGAAGGUGGCUCGAGCAAGGAUUCAGCAUCGACCUCCCCGGCAGCCCACUGAGUACUUUGACAUGGGCAUUUUCCUGGCUUUCUUUGUGGUGGUCUCCUUGGUCUGCCUCUUCCUCCUCGUCAGAAUCAAGCUGAAGCAGAGACGCAGCCAGAAUUCCAUGAACAGGCUGGCCGUGCAGGCGCUGGAGAAGAUGGAGACCCGCAAGUUCAAGGCGAAGAGUAAAGGCGCGCGGGAAGGGAGCUGGGGAGCCCUGGACACCCUCAGCAGCAGCUCCACCUCGGACUGCGCCAUCUGUUUGGAGAAGUACAUUGACGGAGAGGAGCUCCGGGUCAUUCCCUGUACUCACCGAUUUCACAAGAAAUGCGUGGAUCCCUGGCUGCUCCAGCACCACACCUGUCCCCAUUGCCGUCACAAUAUAAUAGAACAAAAGGGAAACCCAGGGCCUGGGUGCUCAGAGCCCAGCAGCGCGGCACGGAGCCGGCAGCCGAGGGUCAUCUUACCAGUGCAUUAUCCGGGGCGAGUGCACAGGACCGGCCAGAUCCCGGCCUAUCCCAUGCGCACAAGUAUGGACGCUCAAGGGAACCCCAUCACACUGCUCACCGUCGACCCCCACGGCGAGCAGAGCCUGUACGCGGGCCAGGCCCCAGCCUACCUCCCCAGCUACCCGCCGCUGCCCCUGGACCAUGCCCUGAGCCCUCACCGCUGCGGCUUGGAGCACAGGACUUACGCACCAGGCCACGCCUUCCGCAGGUCCAAGUUCAGCGGGCGCGGCCUGUCCAAGGCCGCCUGCCUCUCCCAGUAUGAGACCAUGUACCAGCAUUACUACUUCCAGGGCCUUAGCUACCCGGAGCAGGAGGCGCAGGUCCCUCCCGGCCUGGCUCCUCAGGGUCCUUCCCGUGCCUUCCAGCCCGGCAGCAGUUUGCUCUUCCCUGCCGUGGUCCAGGUGGCGCCACCCUCCCACCUGGAGAGCGGCAGCACGUCCAGCUUCAGCUGCUACCACGGCCACCGCUCGGUGUGCAGCGGCUACCUGGCCGACUGCCCCGGCAGCGACAGCAGCAGCAGCAGCGGGGGCUCUUCCGGCCAGUGCCGCUGCUCCUCCAGCGACUCAGUGGUCGACUGCACCGAGGUCAGCAACCAGGGCGUCUACGGGAGCUGCUCCACUUUCCGUAGCUCGCUCAGCAGCGACUACGACCCCUUCAUUUACCGCAGCCGCAGUCCCUGCCGGACCGCCGAGGGGGGCAGCCUGAGCCGGGGACCGACGGUGCUCCCGGAAGGGCUCCCCCACGAGGAGCUCCCGGCUCCUGGCGCAGCCUCUCCCUCCGGGGACCAGCUGUCCAGCUGCAGCCUCGAAGUCAACUACAGCAGCCAUUCCUCUCUGGAGCCCAGGGAUGUGAGCAGCUCUACCUCAGAAGGGGGGCUUGAGGCUCCUCCGGGGGCCACGUGGGACAUCAGGAGGGCCUGGAGGGGCCCAGAGGCCUCCGCGGUGGCUCCCGACCCGUCGUGCACGUGCUGCUUUGAGGCCCCUCGCCCGGCUCUGGAGCCUGGUGCGGGAGCCUCCUGUGUGGGCCCGGACCGUUUGCGGAGGACAGAUGGGGUGAGGUGCGGGGGCCUCCCCUGCUACUUCUAUGAAGAGAAGCAGGGGGCCCCCGGCGGUAGCAGCAGCAGCUGCUACACUGAGGACUAUGCGGUGAGCGUGCGCUACACGCUCGCCGACGAGACCCUGCCAAGCUGCUAUCUGGGGUCGCGGGAGCUGGGCCAGCGUGUCCCCAUCAUUCCUGAGGACGUGGACUGUGACGUGAUCCUGCCCACAGACUGCCAAGGCUCCCCACGCUACGGCUCCUGGGAUGAGCCCCCUGAGUCAGUCCCUCAGCAACACCAAGGCCCUGGGGAGGCCCAGGAGGAGAGAGACCUGGGCUUCCAGGCUGGUGCCUUCCGGCUUCCACAUGAGGAGGAAGCCAGGGCCUUUUUCUCUCGGGCCACCCGGGACUCUUUGGAGGUGGCAGCACCCACGGAGGCUGCAGGCCUGGGACCUCACCCUCACCCACCACUGGACAGAAGUGGCAGAGUUAUCUGAGCUCAGAUGGACUUUUAGCUGGAAACAGCAACUCGGUGGAGACUCCAAAUUGUUUGACUUCCUUUCAAAAGAAAAAAGAAACAAAAAGGCAGAACUUUUUUUAGCUUUGACAAACAGAAAAGUGGUAAUAUGGAGAGCCAGCCCUCCCCCUUCCCCCAGAAUGUGAGCCCCAAUGUGGCAGCACCGCCCUUGAAAACCUGACCCCCUGCCCAGCGCCAAACACGACGCCCUGAGCCCGCUCCCUUUAUACACGAAUGCCUGUUCUUGUAUUCGCUGAAGUGUGCACGUUGGGGUUCAGACUGGGGCAGGACUGAGCUCUCUGCUUUUUAAAAAAAUAUUCUAUGUAAAUGUAAAAAGUCUUAUUUAAAUAUAUAUUUUUUAAAAUCUUGAACUUACCAACUUUGCUGAAAAGAAAGCUCUCACACUACUGCAUUAAAAUGAACCGUGUCUUGUGUAGAUACUGUUGUUUCCCCAAGGGAGUUCAGGCCUUUAAGAUGCUCAGGGCUCUCCCUGCCUUAGAAAACUAACCAGAAGCGUGAAGGCAUUGCUGCCAUGGGUACAACCGGAGGAGCGACGCAGCGAGGCCUUUGUCGUUCUGGUAGCAAACCUCGGACCCCUUGGAGGCCAGGCCAGGCGUGGGGCCGGGGUCGUCCAGGUUCUGGAGGGGUUCUGAUCGUUUCUGCAGCCCCAGGCUGACAGGAGCUUGUACAGCUUUAGUCAGCAAAAGCUAAGCCCAGCGCCCUCCUCACACCUGCCGUGGGGACUAGGGAGGGUCGCCACUGUGUCUGAGGCAGCGCGGUGCGGCUUCCUCUCCCUGCAGACCCAGGAUAGUGGCCGUGGGGCCGCCCCACCAUGGAGGUGACCGGAUUGGGUAGGGUCCGGAGGGAGUGGGGCUGGGCUGUCUUGCAUGUGUGCGAGUGUGUCCAUGUAAGUUAUGCUCCCCACUAGUUAGCGUGGCCCUCCUCAGAGCCCGUCCCCUCUGGCAGGGGAUGGCUGCUAGGGAACGAGGUCUGGGCCUCGGGCCCAUGCAGAUGUGCCUGCCGCUGUGGAUGUGGGUGCCGGUUUCCGAGGACAGAUCCCGCCAGCAUCGUGUGCCCGUCUUGACCCCUCAGCUGCGCUAGGUACCUAUAUCUGCACGUGCCAUGGGCCCUGCGGAUCUUUUGGGCCUAGCACACUUGUGGUCCUCUUGUUUCCCAUGGAAGCAGCCGCUUGAAGGGCCAGGCACAGCUGGAAUGCCCAUCUAACCGCCCUCCUUGUUCCCUCCCAGGCAAAGCCAGGCUGUCUUUCUUUGGCAGGUGACAACUUGAGUCCCAGAGUAGCAGUGGGAGGGAUUCUUUUUUUUUUUUUAAUGAAAGGGGGUGUGAAAUAUCCAAGUAAUUAUGGGAAGAUUUUUUUUUCAUUAGAGAAUCUGAGGUAUUUCCAAUCCAGAAUUUGGAUCUUUUUUUUGUUGUCAAAGAUAUCUUUCCUCCCAUCCUUCCUUUGUAUUUUUUUUAAAAGAAAUAAUACAUUAACCCAGUUAGUGUUCACUAACUCUUCUAGUCACCUCUUUUAAAAGGCAAUUUAUUUUAUUCAAUUUACAUUUAUUGCCUUACUUUUGAGCUUGACCUGUGCAUCCUAAGUCAGUGAGAUGCAUAGGAGCCAGUGAGAGAGAGUCAGCCCAGGGGGACAUGGGGCAGGAAGAGCUUCUGCCCUUCCUGUGUCCAAAGGCAGUUCCAGGUCACCAAGAAGCUGCUCAGGGUACGAGAUCAGCAGACGGUCACCCGUUGGGGAGGCAGGCUGGCAGUCCGCCAGGGUACUUUCUCUUAGCCAGUGUUUGAAAGAGUAAACCAGUCAUCCGGACGCCCUCCCCCACCCCCUUUACCUGCGGAAAUCUGUUGUAGGGAACUUGGGAGGGGCCUUGGUAGCCUGCCAGGACACCUGGCCACCCCACCCCAGAAUGCCUGUUGGGGAAGGGGGAGAGGAAGAAAGGCUGCUGCUGCGUGUGCCAGGAGGAGGCAGCCCGGCAGCACUGAUUUCUGGGGCCUCGGCAGUGCUUGAGAUCCAGGGCUCGGGGAGAGGCGCUUCGGCCAGAGGCUGCUCUCGGUUGAGAUGUGGGUGUGGCCUUUGCAGUGUUUCAAAAUGCCCCCAAACCCAAACGAUAGGAGAACCGCCCCCUCCCCCUUUUAUUUUGGUUUUGGUUCAAGUCCACCAUCCAGGCUCCCUGAGGGAUGAUGUAAUCCUGAAAGAAGAAUGGAGGAUCAUGACCUUCACCUCCAGAAGCGUGACACUGAGGGCUCAUGUCGGAAUUUUAGGAGAUUUAUUGGUGCAGGAGGUCCCAGAAGUCUUCCCCGCAGGGUGGAGGUGACCCCAGAGCUCUUGAAGGUGGUCCCAGCAGAGUGUAAAAACGUUUGGCAGGUUCCACGGGGCUUCCAAUACAGCCCCAGAGCCCAGCCGGGUCUGCCUCCUGAGAAUGGGCCAGCAGAAAGGCUCAGCUUGACACUGGGGGAUUCAGUCCAACCCAGUCCCCCACGAGUCGGGCGCCUGCCCCAUGCCAAGCCCUGCCAGUGCGAAGACAGUAACACAACCUUCCCCGCUUCAAGGAGCGUGGCCGUGGCAACCUUACUGAUACAUACGCACAGGGGCAUAUCUACUCGUAGCUUAAGGAAAUCCAUUAGAUUUUUUUGUUUUUGCUUAAUAAAAGGGGGUAGUAACAGGGAAAAAAAAAAAAGAGGAACUGUUUGGCAGGGUUUGGGGCUUGUGUUUUGGCUAGGCCGUGAGGCCUCCAGAGGUGGAUGCUGUAACAUGUUCCACUCCGACUUCUUACUACAUCUGAGGCCCGAAGGUGCUGUAACCACCCAGCAGCCUCUUUCAGGUGAAUCUCUGUGGCGUGUGGUGGUUGGAGUGAAGGAAAUGGAAUCCAGGGGCUAUCAGUUUUUCCACUGCCGCCGCAGAUGUCAAGAUGUGCUUGCUCUGGGUGUGGGCCUGCCUCCUGCAGCCUGGUCUGGGUGCCAGGCCUCACAGCCCCCUCUCCGUUCUGUGUGGGGGAGCUGAUGAAAAAGUGAUUGUUUGAAGGUUUCCACUGAUGAGGUAUAGCCUCGGUGACAUGGCUUGGGGUCUGCCCCCACUUGAUCCCCAAUCCAAGCCAUUGUAUAAAGCUAUUUUUCCGCUUGACAGCCCCUUCCCUAAUCGCUGCUAGGUUUCAGGCAAAUAACGUGAAAAUCAUGAUGAUGGAAUUAUUUUUAAACAGUCCUGCUUUUUUCUAUUCUUUACAUAUAAACUGUCUCCGUUGUGUUGGGCUAAUGAGGAACUAUUUUCAAUGUUCUUAAAAUUUUCUCCAAUAGCACUUAAAAUGUUUUGUCAAAGACUUUGCUGUAAAGAUUUGUAAGAAUACUGGUCAAAGGGCUCUUUCUCCAACAUUACCAUUUUUUAAAAUGUUUUAAAGGCUAGAAAACAACUUGUGUAUAUUCUGUAUAUGUAUAGCAACACAUUUCAUUUAUGGAAAUAUGUUCUCAGAAUAUUUAUUUACUAAUAUAUUUAUCUUAAGCCAUGUCUUAUGUUGAGAGUGUGACAUUAUUGGAAUAAUCAUUGGAAAUCACUAACCCAAGGCCCUGUAAAUACAUGAUAAUUGCACCCAAAUUCUGCAUAUUCGCCGACCAAAAAACAUGAUUUAAGUUGUAGUCUUCUACCGUUUUGUAACAAAGUGUACAAAAGGCUGUAAAAAAAAAAUACAGUUUUAUCAAGUAUGUA